AUGCGAUCGAUUCUGCUGAUCGCCCUAUCGCUGGCGAUCGCAGCGUUCGCUGCUGUUCCCCGGAACACCAAACCGAACAUACAAGCCAACCGGCAGCUGAUCGAACAACUGUUUACCCGCCAGUUCGCUGGAGCAAAGAAGCAAACCCCAGUGAAGUCCGAUUCCGACUCCAGCACGCGGCCAAUUGUCGAGCACUUCUUCACAACCGAAGUGGACCAUUUCAAUGCACGAAACACCGACCAAUGGACACUGCGCUAUUUUGCUGCAACCGAAAACUACCGAGAGGGAGGUCCGAUUUUGAUUUUCCUUGGCGGCUUCCGUCCUAUCUCGCCGGAUCUAAUCGAUGAGACAACACUGAUCUACGAGAUGGCCCGCGAAUGGAACGGUGCGCUGUUCGCCUUCGAAUCUCGGUUCUACGGUCAGAGUCGUGUCACUGAGGAUUUGAGCACGGAGAACCUGGGCCUGCUGAGUGCAGAUCAAAUUUUAGCAGAUUUAGCCGAAUUUGUGACUUACGUGAAACGUGAACACAUUGGAGAUGAAACCGCAAGGGUGUUGGUUGCUGGUACCGAGCUGGGAGGAUCCCUAGCUGCUUGGUUCCGUAUCCGGUAUCCACAUCUGGGAAAUGCUGCUUGGGCUUCUAGUGCUUACAUGAAUGCUGUUUUGGGUUUCGAAGAUUUCUCGGAGGCUUGGGGAGAUGCGUUGAUCGAACACGGUAGUCAGGAGUGUUACAAUGAGAUCUUCGUUGCAUUCCAUGUAAUGCAAAAUCUGAUAGAUUUGGGAAGGGCUGAUUUACUCUUCGAGAAGUUCAAUAUUUGCUCGCAAAUUGACCCGGAGAACACCUUCCAAGUUCAGUACUUCUUCAGUAUCUUGAUGAUAUCGGUUGAAAUCUAUACUAUUCGAAAUAAUAAUUUGGCAGAUUUUGAUGAAGUGUGUGACGAUCUUACUGGAGCUGACGUUGAUACUGCCGUUGAUGCCUUCGCGAACUGGUUCAACACAAAAUGGGCCGUGGACAUCGGCUGUGUAGUAUCGGAUCCGGCACAAGCUGUGGAAAUCUUCCAGGAAACUGACUGGGAAUCAGAUUUCAACCAAAUGGGAGCUCGCCAGUGGAUGUAUCAAGAGUGCACGGAGUUCGGUUGGUUCUUCACCACGGAUUCGGCAUUCCAACCGUUCGGUGAUCGUGUUACGAUCGACUUUUACAUUGAGAUGUGUCGCCAAAUAUUUGGCGAUUGGAUCACCGAGGAAUCGAUCCAACGAGGCAUCAAUCGGGCAAAUAAUCGUUUUGGAGGAGCCAAUCCUGGAUCUAGUUUAACGCACUUCACCAACGGCGAUGCUGAUCCGUGGAGAAUGAUAAGCAUCACUCGUAAUAUUACAUCCGACGCGCAAGCCGAUGUGAUUAGUAAUCAGUUGGGUGGAUCAGACCUGCCUGCUCUCUCGCCAGAUGAUCCCUCAAAUGUGCAGGAAGUCAAGCGACGUUUGAAGACAACACUUGCCAGUUAUUUGUUCCCCUUCAGUCCUUGGGAAAGUGUGUAA